UUUUCUCGUGGAAGGGGAGGUGACCGAUUCCUAAACAGGGAAUCAAACUAUCUUCUUUGUUUUAUCUCGAAUUCUCUCUCUCAAAAUCUCUUUUUGUCGUCUCUUUAAACCUUUUUAAUUAUUUUUCAAAUCCCCGCCAGCUCCCAUUCGAAACCCUAGCGAAAAAAGAAAAAAUGAUGAAGCGAGGAGCGAAGGUCGCUGCUCUCUUCGAUUCCGAUCCGGAUCCCUCCGAUUCCGCUUUGAGGAGCAAGAGAGUGAUGGACGCGCCGUCUUUUGAUGGUCACAGGGCGGAGUCGUCUCGUCAGAAUCGGAUGGAGGGGAUCAAAUUGGAUGCGAAGCGGGCGGAGUCGGCUCGCCAGCAUGUUAGGGCCCUCAAUACCCAGUUUGCAAGUUGGAUCCAGUUACAAUUGCAAAAUCAUCCAGAUGAGCUUUGGGAGGAUGGCGCAAAAGAUUAUUUAUCUCAUGCAUCAAACAUAUUGGGAAAAUUCAAGGAUGUUGUUGAUUGGCUUAAAGCAGAAGCUGCAAAAUCACAAACUGGGGCAACCAAAGGCUUUCCUAGUGAUCAUAGCAAAUCUGUGGCUGUAUUAGGAAACUCUUUACCCAUUGUGAAGCCUGAGGUAAACAAUGGUUCUGCACAAGAGGUUAGAAGUUCAAGUUUGCAAAUCCCAAAAUUACCUAAUUCGCAUGGUUCAGGCGUCUUUUCUGUACGUCAACCAUCGUCUAGCUCUUCAUCUUUGCAAAACUCAGGCCUACCAACUUUACAGAAUUCAAGCCCCUUCCCUUUCAGUCAAAAACCAGCCAGCUCAAAUUUUCAAAGUUCAAGUUUAUCUAACACACAGAAUACCGGUUUAUUUGGUAUCAGUAAAAUAUCAGACUGUUCAAGUCUGCAAAGUGCUGGGUCUUCUACUUCCCAAGCCUCUGGUUUCUUCAGUUUUAGCCAAACACCAAUACACUCAAGUUUGCAAAAUUCUGGAUCAUCUGGUUCCCCAGCCUCUGGUUUCUUCAGUUUUAGCCAGACACCAAUGAGUUCAAGUUUGCAAAGCUCUGGUUUACCUAGUUCACAGAGCUCAGGAUUGUUUGGAAUUAGUCAAAUACCUGCUAGCUCAAGUUCACCCAGCUCCAUGCUCUCUAGUUCACAGAUGACAGGUUUUUCCAGUAAUCAGAAGCCAGCCAAUUCAAGCUUGCAAACCUCAGGGUUAACCAGCUCACAGAGCUCAGGUUUCUUUUCCAUGAACCAAACACCAGUUUUUGGUGGAACUCAAAGUUUUACCACGCCGAAAGUAGGAACCUCAGAGGAUGUUGAUGAAGGAGAUGAACUGGAGCAGCCAAGCAGUCCUUCCUUGAAGAGGACUGAAGAGAAGGGAGUCAUCAUUGUCCAUGAAGUCAAAUGCAAAGUCUACGUGAAGCCAGACAACUCUGCAGCCUGGAAAGAUAUUGGUGUAGGUCAAUUGUCCAUCAAAUGUCAAGAAGGUGCCGACAAAGCUGCAAAAGAGUCAAAGCCUACUAUUAUGAUUCGAAAUGAUGCUGGAAGAAUUUUGCUUAAUGCUUUGAUAUACCCUGGGAUAAAAAUGAACAUUAAGAAGAAUACCAUUGCCACGAUAUUUCAUACUUCAGAUGGGGGUCCAAAUGAUGGAGUUGAAGCUGGCAAAAGCAAUGUAGUGACGCGAACAUACUUACUGAGGCUUAAAACUGAGGAUGAGACCACAAAGCUUGCAGCUGCAAUCCAGGACUAUGCUCCAUCAGCCUAAGCGACAUUUAAUCAAUAUAUCUCAGUCCAUGCUUGAUGUUUUUGAGAGAAGCAGUAUUUUGUAAUGUUAGGUGUAGGAACAUGGCGAUACAAAGCAUGAGCAUGACUGCUCAUUGAGAGAAAGAGGUCAGCUUGUGAAGUCAUACAACUGUUUUCCUUUGCGGACCGUUUGAAGCUCUGCCCAAUUUUUGUUAAUGUAUUGUUAAGCUCUCAGUUUGUUGCUCGUAUUCAUGUAUUUUCUCCCUCCGAUUCUCACAUGAUGUAAAGAGCCAGUCUUUGCAGAUUUAUGUAUGAUUUGUCCCGAUGUAUUCUAACACAACUGCAAUCACUGAUUACAAUAGCAGUAAUUUAGUCAAGAUUUAGUCGUGUAUGAAUUGGACUGCAUAUCUUCAAAGUUCAUAAACUUCAUAUUUUUAGAAGGGAAA